UUAUAAGUAGGCUUUUUGCUAUAUUGAUGAAGAUGUUGUUGGAUAUUGAGGAUGAUCCAGGGUGGCAUAGUGCGGAUAGCGAGGACGAGGAUGCGAAUGAGAGCAGUAAUUACAGUGCUGGGCAGGAGUGUUUGGAUAGGUUAGCUAUUUCAUUGGGUGGGAAUAUGAUUGUACCUGUUGCUUCAGAGCUUUUGCCGGCAUAUUUGGAUGUGCCGGAGUGGCAAAAACACCAUGCAACUCUGAUUGCUCUUGCUCAGAUCGCAAAAGUCUGUUCAAAGGUGAUGAUAAAAAAUUUGGAGCAAAUGGUGACAAUGGUUUUGAAUACAUUCCCAAAUCCCCAUCCUCGUGUGCGAUGGGCAGCUAUUAAUGCCAUUGGGCAACUGUCCACAGACAUGGGCCCAGAUUUGCAAGUUCAGUACCAUCAACGAGUGCUACCAGCUCUAGCUGCAUCUAUGGAUGACUUCCAGAAUCCACAGGUUUACUAUGAUCCAUAUAGAGGAGUGAUCGUAUAUUUUCGAGUCAUUGAUGGGACUAUAAAGAAAGGUGACAGGAUUUAUUUUAUGGCUAGCAAGAAGGAUUAUUAUGCUGAUGAAAUUGGAGUUUUAUCUCCCAAUCAGUUCCAGGUUGAUGAAUUAUAUGCUGGUGAGGUGAAUAACUAUGCACUCUCAAUGCACCUGAGGCAGGCUCAGCAAAGUAGCUCCAUCCCUGGCCAUUUCCAUCCAGAUGUCUUCUAAAGAACAUGCUAUUGUGCUUUUCAGGAGACAACUGUUGGGAAGCACUAAGAAUAUAUAGACUGGCUUUUAACUUUGUAAGGUGUUGUCUCAUACACAGAUUAUGCCUACGAUUCGAAGACACACUUAAAUUAGUCCAAACUUACAUUGUGAAGGGGUGCUUUUUGCCAUCGUUCUCCUUGAUUUGAAAAUGGAUGUGAUGCCCAUAAAUGUUUGAAACUAGAUGUUCAAUGGUAAACUUCGUUUUUUUUUUUGGAUAAA